AUGGCUGCCCGCCUGCGCACGCAGUACGCCUCCGCGUUGAAGCAGUUCGCAUCGUCCUCCAAAGCAUUCGAGGUUGUCGGUAGUGUUCCUGCUGAGCCUGCACCAGUGACUCCGAAGGUGCUCUACGUUCUGGAUUCCUCGUUCAAUCCGCCCACGUUGGCCCAUCUGAGGAUAGCAAGUUCGGCCUUGGCUGAGAAUCCGGGUCCUUCAUCGCGAUUACUACUGUUGCUGGCGACGCAAAAUGCAGACAAGCCGUCGAAACCCGCGCUGUUCGAGGACCGGCUCGUUAUGAUGGACCUGUUCGCCCGAGACCUACGUUCCGCUCUGCAGGGCUCUGCUGCAUCGUCCACUCCAGAUACACUCCCACAGGUUGAUAUCGGCCUGACGAAGAAGCCGUACUUCAUUGACAAGGCUGCGGAGAUAGAAACAUCGGGCGUCUAUCCCAAGUCCCUUGAACAGGUUCAUCUAGUGGGAUACGAUACCCUGAUAAGGAUCUUCAAUCCGAAAUACUACCCCCCAACACACACCCUGCAGCCUCUGGAGCCCUUCCUGACCCAGCACAGAUUGCGGGUGACGAUGCGACCCGAUGAUGAGUGGGGUGGACGAGCAGAGCAAGAGGAUUAUCUCCGUCACCUCGCCCAAGGCGGGAGGGAGAGCGAAGGAGCCAAGAAAGAAUGGGCGCAACGGAUACAGCUCGUGGAUGGCAAAGGAACGGACGAUCGAGCUGUGAGCUCUACCAGGGCCAGACAGGCCGCAAAGUCCCAAGUCAAUGAUUUAGACUUCCUAGUGACAGCCAAUGUCCGUGAUUACAUCGUAUCGCACGAGCUGUACAAGAAUGAUUGA